AUGUCGAAACGCGGCGAAGGGCCUUCGUCCGAUAUGCCUCCCGGCAAACGGCCGCGGCUUAUGGCCCAGCCGGACGGAUUUUCCAAACCGCGGCCGCCAAAGCUGGCCGCGCCGCCCAAAUUUGCCUCUGCUUUUGACGGCAUGGAAACGGAUCGGUUGGACAAACGGGCUGCGGAGUCGGCGUCAAAGGCGCAGAAACCGCAACAGAAGCCUUUUCCGACAUUCAGCGCGUUUGACUCCGCUCUGAAGAAGCCAUCAUCGCGGCCGAAUGGCCUUCCUCCUGCAGCCCAGCAUGCACGGCCCAUGAAGUCGGCCCCUAAACCACCCGUCCCGUUAUUCAAUCCGGCACCUCCGCCUUCUCCGCCACGAGCCCGUAUUCGCCAACCGCCGCCUCUUCCUGUACCGACGCCACCCCCAGUCGAGUUUUCUGCCCUUCGUCAAAUGAAACUGGACCCGCCCCCGAUACCGAUUACUCCUCCAAAACCAUCUACCACUUUGAAGAACCUCGUGCCACCCCGGGUCCCGGUGGUUCCAGCUACAUCGAUCCCCCCAGAGAAACUGCGGACGAUCAAUACGACGAUGCUGGCGCGGACAACGGAUAUAUUCUCGGAGAGCGGGCCGUCAGAGCUUGCGUCGUUGCUGCUAGACUAUCACGCAGAGGUGGACGAGUGGGCAACGCCGCACGCGCUUGAAGAGAAGCGGGGCCUGAUAGUGAGUCCGGAGAAGGCCAAUGCGAAAGGGAAGGAAAAAGAGAAGUUUGUUCGUGGGGGGUUGGCGGCAUGGGCCAGGUCGUUUUACGAUGCGCGAGAAUCUGCUCGCUCGCUAUGGGAGAAGGACACCAUGCGACUCAUUUCGUCCCUCGCCACGCGCCGCGUUUCCUCCCUGCUGUCUCUGAACCCCGAUAUGCGUUUGCGGGUAAAGCACAUAUUACACGUUCCCCAGCUUGGGUUUCACCAGAAGCCCAAAGCUGAUCUGUCCAUCCCCGGGAUCGCGCUCUGCCACAUCAUUGCUGCCCCGACGGUAACUGAUGCGGACCCGCAUGAGGCCCCGCCCCCCCCGCUCGAAAGACAGCGUAUGCGCCGUUCUGCUGUCCUUCGCCUCGAUCGCGCCGGCCCGGACCGGCUCCGCCACGCCCCGAAACCCAGAAGACUUUAUGGAAGGCCGGGAGGUAUAUGUCUGGCGGCCGUGGCAGACCCUCACCCUUCCGAUCGAGGCCCUGCAGACGGCCCUUGA